AUGGUUUACGCUCCGCUACCGCAGAUUCUGCGGCGAGCAGUGGUUUGCAAACAGGAAACGUGUUUGAGUGUACUGCAGGGGUUUCGCAGCUUUAAGCGUGGACAGCAUCUUUUGCUUGCGGAGACACGGUUCCGACCGGGGUUCCGACCGGCCUCGCACAAGCUCGAAUCAGCUCAAAAGUUGCGGAACGAGAUGAACUGGUUGCAACGCCCCAAAGGACAGGGACAGAUGUUUUGCACCGAAGCCGCCUCGAGUUCGCAGGAGAGUUCAGCCGCGAACUCGAUGAUUCCGCGAGUCUCCAUCGCGGACUACUCUUACGAACUUCCUCCGGAGCGGAUCGCCCAGUACCCGUUACCACUGCGCGAUCAUGCCCGCUUAUUCGUGUUUGAUCCUCAGCAAGGCAUGCAGCAUCGAUUCUUUUACGACUUACCGAGCCUGCUGCCACCCGAGAGUGUGCUCGUUGGGAACGACUCACGCGUCAUCGCUGCGCGGCUACUGCUUCGUCGUGCUCCGCCCCAGACAGACUCAUCUCCGCAGGCGCCCUGUGCGGCGCGUCUCGUUGAAGUUCUGUGCUUGGAACCCAUCGUACCCAGCACUGACCCUGCCGUUGUCCUCAGCUGUCGCGAGCCACCGGUGGAAUGGGCAUGUUGGAUCGGCGGCAGGCGUGUGUUCCCCGGACUCGAGUUGCGGGGUGAGCAUUUGAGAGCUCGAAUUCUAGAGCGAGCAGGUCAGGAGGGCACUGUUCGUUUCGAUUGGGAGCCAACGACAGCGUGUUUGAGUUUCGGUGAGCUCCUCGAGCGUGAAGGUCGGACACCGCUCCCUCCGUAUCUGAACAGGGAUGACACUCCGCGGGAUCGCAGCGACUACCAGACCGUGUUUGCCCGGGAAUCGGGGUCAGUCGCUGCACCGACUGCUGGACUGCACUUCAGCGAGGAGCUGAUCAAGAAGCACUUUGAAAAACGAUUCAUCCGGUUUACGCUUCAUGUAGGUGCGGGGACGUUUGCACCGGUAAAAGCGGCUGAUAUUGGUGACCAUAUCAUGCACCGUGAGCGAAUCAUUGUCCGGCGGGAGCAGCUCGUACAGCUCAUUCGGGCUGUGGAGAGCGCGUCCCCGUUGGUGGCUGUCGGCACGACCACGGUACGCAUCUUGGAGAGCCUCUACUGGUACGGGUCCGCUCUAUGUCGGCCAGGUGCGAAGCGAGCGCACCGAGGCGCGGCGGCUGCAUUUGACGAGCAUUUGAGCUUUGUGGUCGAGCAGUGGGACCCCUAUGUCCGCUCCGGUGACGUUCCCGUGGAGCAUGCGUUGAGCGCUGUUCUCGACGUACUGGAGAGGAAUCGCGCUUCUGAGAUUCAUGGAUACACGAGUCUCAUCAUUGUUCCUGGCUAUUCAUUCCGGGUGGUUGAUGCGCUGAUCACCAACUUUCACCAACCGCGAUCUACACUGCUGUUGCUCGUGGCUGCAUUCUUACCGGGCGGCCGCGAAACACUCUUCCGCAUCUACCACGAGGCACUGGCGCGAUCCUAUCGUUUCCUUUCCUAUGGUGACGCCUCGUUGCUAUGGAGGAAAUCCGUUCAAGGCAGAUAG